UGAAACGGGACGAACCGAACCCGGUUAUGCGUAACCGGUAAUCCAGUGUGUUCAGCUGGCAUUCAUGUGUAUUCGAUACGCACGACUUAUAUACCGCAGCUGAGCGCCGAGGUUCCCUCAUCCACUUGUGAUAUUUCUUGGACAACACUGUGUUAACCAUGCCUACAAGUAAAAUCUCGGUGAACGUUUCUCAGGGCAUCGCGACGAUAACCUUGAAUGAACCUCACCGUUUGAAUGCGCUGGCACCGGAAGAUUAUGAUGAAUUUGCCAACUCUUUACGGGCCAUCGAUAAAAGAGAAGAUGUAGUAGCAACUGUAUGGCAAGCAAAUGGGAAGUGGUUCUGCGCUGGCACAGACGUGAAGCAAACAAUCAAGAAGACUACUUCAAGCACUCCGACUCGACGCUCGGCGAGAGAUCACCUCAUCAAUGGGGUAGUGGCUGCGAACACAGAUUGCACACAUGCACUCUAUAGUCACAGCAAAAUGCUUGUUGCAGCACUAAAUGGCCCGGUGAUGGGCAUAGCAGCUGCUUUUCUUGGCAACUUUGAUUUGAUAUAUGCCGUGCCAGAAGCUUGGUUGAAUGUCGGCUUCCCAUUCCUGGGCAUUGCGGUGGAAGGAGGAGCUAGUGUUUCGUUCGUCAACCGCAUGGGAAUCGCCAAGGCAAACGAGGUCCUUCUUCUGAACAAGAAGAUCAGCGCAUCUGAGAUGCUUGAAUGUGGAUUCAUCAACAAAAUUUUUCCAUCGAAAUCAACGGAAGAAUUCCACUCUGCAGUUUACCAGCAUCUUGUUAAGGAACUCGAUGGCUUAGUGCCUGCCUCUAUCAUCGCCAUCAAAUCCCUCAUCAAAGCUGGGUUGAAUGAUAAGAACGACUUCCACGCUGUGAAUCUCCGAGAGAGUUAUGCCCAAGCGGAAAGAUUUAGUAGUGGAGUACCUGCUGAGCGCUUCGGGAAGAUUGCCAGGAAAGAAAUUAGGCACAAACUGUGAUCUAUUGACCACGUGUAAACUUGGUGUAUACCUGGCUAUUUUAGUCGUAUACAUACCCUCCAACAGGAAUCUUUUGUACCCAAGAGAUUGCCAGGAAACGUAAUCAAUAUAUUCCCAUGCUCGCUUCUUAUCUUUUGCAGCAAUUUCCGC